AUGCGGCGGGGACAGGCCGAGGACACCGGCACGCAGGGCAUGGGUGCUGAGGGAAGGACCUUCCAUCAGCACCCGGGGGAACGCAGGAGCAUCAGCCUUGAGUCACCGACCAAGGGAGUCAUUUGUUCGCUGCACAAACACGCAGUGGCCGCCAACAGUACACGAGCUACGGGGCAGGGGACCUGGUGGCCCUGCUGGUUGGGACAGCGGCAGAGCCGCGUCUGUGCGGGACUCAGCUUUGAUGUGUGCGGCGUGGAGCCCCGAGAACAGAAUUCACCGAGUCCCGGUGUGUCCGUCUGCAAACUGAGGACGGCGACCGCCACCAAACUGAGGACGGCGACCGCCACCGCACAGGUCUGCUGUGAGCGCUCAGACGACGGGCAGUGCAGGGCUGAGCACGGCCGGGCGCGGAGCCCGCGGAGAAGCCCCAGUUGUUCCGUCUCCGGCGCUCGAAGGCUGCGGGGGCAGCGCCGGGCCCAGCGCGGCUCCUCCGCCCUCCGGGGCCAGCGGGGCCGAGGCCGCGCUCACCUGCGCAGCUCCCGGGGGCCGCGGAGACGGGAUUCCCGCGGAAGGGCCUCGGCAUCGGCCGUUUCUGGACACCGGCUCCGGCUCCGCUUCCGGCCGGUGGGUCUCCCCGGCGGGGCCUGCAGCGAGCCGCUCCCCUCCCUUCGGGGCCGCGCCCGCUCCGGGGACUCCGGAUGUCGCCCACGGAGCGGGUGGCGGUCGCCAGGGUCGGGGCCGCGGCGCCGGGCGCACCGCGGGAAACACGGGCGGAGGCUGGAGGCGAGCGCGGCGCGUCCUGCGGGCGGACGGGGCGCCCCGGGGUCUGAGCGGGCGGACGGGGACGCCUUGACCCGCACACCCGCCCGGCCGGAGGCUUCCCAGAGCUCAGCCCACCCGGGGUCGCUACGGGGCCCAGCGGAGCCGCCACGCGGCCGAGGUCGGGGCGGUCCUGCUCACCGGGGCUACACGGGUUUUCCGGAGUCGAGGGUGUGUCGCGUGGACACGUCCCGGAGGCGGCGGCGAGCGUUUCCGGAGCCGCGGGAGCCGCGGUCGGUGCCUGACCUCGCGGGGACGGGUCGCCCGGCGCGACGGGCAGAGGUAGGGCGGCAGCCUGGUGACGCUCCGAGCUCGGGGCUGCUGCGGGGGCCUCGGCGCCCCGCGUCCGAGCUCUUCCCGCAGGGCCGCGUGGGAGCCGCCGGCGCGAUCGCUUCGCCCUGUUGUGCGGCGCGGGUCGGCGGGGAUGCGGCCCGGGGGUGUCCGCGCCGUCCCUCCUCGCCCUCCGUGCGACCCUGACCGCCGGCCGCCGGAGCGGGGAAGCCGGGCUUGAGGACAGCCAGACUUGGGUCCAAAACCCACUUCCCCGACGGGUGAGCUUGGGCCGGUUCCUCCUACUUCAGAAGCCCCUGAGGCCGCCUCUAGUGUCCGUAACGCGCCCGCGUAGGCUGUAGACCCGGCUGUAGACCCGGAGCUGCUUGGGCGCCCAGCGCAGGGCCCGAUGCUCCCUCCACCUCGGCUGCCCGGUGCGGCGCCCCGACUUGGAGACUCGCCACCAAGAGCCUGGGAGUCCAGACCGCCCCGCCCCAGCGCCCGGGGCAGCCGUGAGCGCACCACGGACCUCGGUGGGCUCUCGCUCCCCGUCGGGAAGAUGGAAGACGGGGCGCACAGUCCCCAAGACCCCCCGGAGCCCCGGGGGACACCCUCACUGCGAGCUUGGCUCACUGCUGGCCUGAAGCCCGGCCUUCUCGCUCCUGCCCCACAGCCUCCUGUUCUGUCCGCCCGGGGAGACCCUCCUGUCUCGGGAGCUCGGGUUUCCUGGGUCUCUCCAUGCGCGCUUGAGCACAAGCUGCCUUAUUUUACUUAGGAACCUUCCCAGGUUUUAGUUCUUGUCGCCCCAUCGGGAACACGAAUAUCCCAGAGUAAGGGGCGCGCCGUGCGCUCCGGCUGCUUUCGCUCUAGGCCACGAACAGCAGAUAGCACAGGUGACAGCUCGUCCCAGCGACAGCCUCACAUAAGCAGACCACAGAGGCGGAGCUUUUGACUUUAGAACAAGGAGCAGCCCCACUCCGGGAAGAGCUGGGUCCUGGGCCUCGGCGCCAAUAAGCUACACGUUCACCUGAUCCAUCCUUCCUGGUCCUCCCCACAGCUGACCGGCUGCUUUGCAGGCUGACCUGCGCGCACUGAGUAAGAGCUGCUUCGCUCUGAAUUCCCGUGGGGCCGAGUGAGUCCUUCUCCAGAUGAAGCUGCGCUGUUGUCACCACGGGAGGUGGUCAGAUCCUUUGUCCUGGAGGCCGGUGGGCAGAGGCUAUCCGCAUGGCACUGUACGGUCUCUGUAGGGGACAAGCAGAUGUGACUCAGAGUGAGUUCAGUUUCCAAGAGCGUCUUUCCCGGGGGUAGGGCCGACGAGCUCACCCCUGAGUCUGCAAACACAAGAGGCCCUGGAGACUCCGACCAGCGGACAUCCACAGGCCCCAGACUGGGAAGAUGCCGGACCGCGGCGUGGGCUGUGAUCGCCUGCCGGGCAGCCACGGGAACAGGAAACCUUCUGACUCUGAGAAACCAGUUUUACUGCUCGGGUGUGAUUCCACAAGUAAACUCUUAGUGGGAGUAACAGGUGGCAGCAGGGGUCCCGUGGUCCACAUGCGUGCGGUCCCAGUCUGUCGGGGCUCGUCUAGGGGCAUGUCUGCUUCUGUCUCUUCGUUGACUACCCGUUGUGUGGGAGGGACAUCAGGCAGAAAUCACGACUCCACCUCCCUGGAGCUCAUACGCUGUCAUUGGGUUUACGAACAGCGUCUGAGUUCAUACAGGGCCACUCCUAUUUAACUGACCUGAACCGAUGCACCCCGGUCACCUCAGGGGUGUGAGCAAGGCCCUACGCCAGGCUCACCGAACACCCAGCCGGGUGCCGACCUCUCACAUGCUGGUUUCCGUGUGGUUCAGGGGUCAGAACAACAGCAAAAUUGACAUUCACGGGCCCUAGGAUGGUGACAUACACUUUCUGAAUGUGUCGGUGACAACGGGGACAGAUUGAUGUGUUUUCCAACUCACUCAUGAUUAGUGAGGAGCACUUUAAAGGGAAGCCCCAGCCGAAACGGAGUUCCAGACACACACCACAAAUGGCCAUUCCUUUGCCCAAACAGUGGAACCCGCGAUGGCGCUCCCGUGCGCUCCCGGUCCCUCCUUAGGUCGUCAUGACGGCGUGUUGGGCCGGACUCUGCUGACGUCAGGGUUUCCUCGGGAAGCUUUCCCGGCCCGUCCGUGUUUCUGUGUCUUCUACCACGUCGUUCCCAUUGCCUGAAAUGCCACAGCGCCUUCUCGCCCCCCACCCUGUCCUCUGUCCUGAAGUGCUGCCUGUCCCCGACUCCUCCGCCCGGACUGGACGGCGGUGCUUGCUGGGCUCCCUCACCCUCUGGCCCCCCGGAGCGCCCGAGGUCCUGGAACAGUGACUGGCGUGUGAUAAACACUGACUACGUUAUCGACUGAGUAGCUGAAGGGAAGAAAUCCAUGAGAGCAAAAAGGACGCUCCAUCUCUUUGGGAAACUGUUCCCACUGUUGACCUUACUAGCACCCACUCGCCCGAGGAACGUUAUCUCUGACCGCACAGCCAUCGCGCCGCUCCUCCUACGGUAUUUCCGGGCGCUCCCGUGCGAGACACAAACCUCACGGAGCCCUUGCAGCAGGCCGCGGCCGUGACUCUCCCCGCUGGCAAGAAAGUCGAUCGGGAAAGGCGGAUGACCGGGCCAAGGUCAUGAAGCUGGUAAGUCAUGGAGCGGAACUUGUGCCUGGACGGUCCGAACAAAGCCCCACGUGCUCUUCCACUUACCUGGGCUGUUCCCCUUUCCCUCGGGGCCAGGCGGAGGCCCCGCUUCCUCAGGAAACUUUCCCACACCCGAGGCUUCAUUGUCCAUCUUCCAGGACCGUAGUCCCUGGGAGGGGGGGAUCCCGUCUCUCUUCUUCCCACUUUGUGUGGCCACCGUCUUGGGAAGCUGUCGGGACAGGGGUUCCCGUCCGUACUGGGCAGAGGAGGAAACGGUGGCCUGGGGAUGUGUCUUAUCGGACGAGGCCACCCCCUGUCAGGGUCAGAGGUCAGACUCCACUUUUCAACUCUCAUCUCGGGCUUCCAGUCUGGAAGAAAAUGCCUUAGCAAGGGUCCUUCCAAACUGUUUGGGGCCAACAGCAGAGUUUACAGAAUUCUAGAAUUGCAAGAAACCACCAAGGUUACCUGAAUAAAUGUCCUCACAGAAUGGGGGGGGCGCGUGUCCAAGGCUCCGGAGCAGCGAGAGCGCGGGGUUAGCCCCCCGCCGACGCGUGGCUCUUUCCGGAUGACGUGCGAUACAACGCGAACGUCGCUCAGAUUUGAACCACGGCGAUAACGUCUUUAUGGUCAUUGUCCUUGGCCUCCGUGCAAAGAGUAGCUUUUUGUGGUAAAAACCUAUUCACUGUCCUUGGCGCAGGCACUUACCAGAUGGCUUUAUCGGGUGUGUUUUGGGCUUUGCUCUCUUGCAGGCCCCGGGACAGCCCCUCCCAGCCGCAGCCCUCCAGCCCGCACCGCCUCCCCCUGUGGCCCCUUUCACCAGCCCUUUGUUCUCCUCAGGGCUGCCUCCCAGCUGUGCUCCACAGGCCCAGUGAAGGCUGUUUCCUGGCUGCCAUCCUGCACCGGCGUGGUAAACGCUGAAAUAUUAAUGGCUGCUUUGUGAACAAUAACACGGUAAAGGUUGCUGUAAAUUAAAAUUGCCAGGGAGGCGGCCAGCGCUGAAAUGGAGCCACUAAAGCAAAGCCAUAAUGUGAAACAUGGCCUUACAGGGCAAAGAGGAGGCAAGGAGGACCUCAGAGCCUCCCCUUCCCCUUCACCAUCCCAGGAUGUCGCCAGGGAGACGCACCUGCACGGCCCAGGGUCCACCAUCUUGGCCACCUGCACGACGAGGGAGGAUGAAGACAGUACAAAGGGCUGGGGACAGAGACAUCAGAGGAGGAGGAAGGGUAGUGUUACCUCUGCAAAAAACACCCCUGAACUCUGCAGAGAAGGGACUUGGUGUCUCAGGGCAGCCUUUCCCAGCUGGAAAAUGGGCACUGAUGCAGACACUACUCGGCCCCAGGCCUGCAGCUCAUUUGGCGGCAAAGGCAGCAGCGAGGCUCCAGCAGGUGCUCCUGGAACCCGGCUCUUUUCUGGCUGUGAGACGCGCACGUCUACGCGGCGUGCAAGGAAGCCAUCGUCAGUCACACACAACAGUCGCUAUGGAACACGUUGAAAGUGAGAACGCGCUUUAAUUGUGGAUUUUAUUGUAAGUGUGAUACUCGUUAUUGUAAGCAUGAUACUCGCUAGAAAGGCCCGGGAAGCUGGCGUGGCAGCCGCCAACCAGGUCAGGGAAGAACAGAGCAGAAGACGCACCAGGGGUCCAGCGGAGGGCGACGCAGGCGGACGUGGCUCUCCUGGCUCCCUGGCCUCCCCCGCACUCGGCGAGCAGCGGACCUACACGCUUGCAAACUCGCAGUCAUAGUCCGUCAUGCGGCACAUUAUGAACUUCCACUGGCGGUCCCUGUGGGGUCAGAGUCAGAAAGCCGAGGCCAGUGAGAAAGGUCCCUGCGGCCCGGAAAGCACUGAAUGACCUUCAGAGGGUUUGGGAACUUAGGGGGCGCCUGAUCUCACUUGGUUCUCUAGGAAGCCUCUCGAAAACCAUCAGGCACUCCUCUGUGAGGGGCAUAACCCUUGACACCUUCCGGCCCAGGGCACUCGGUGACCCGUCCCUCGGGGUCAGCUGCACCGCUUUCUCCACGGGUACCUCGAGGACACACAGGUUAACAGCUUGAAAUACAAGCAUUUAUUCAAACUUGUCUCCGUCCUGUGGUCAAGAAUCUUAACUAGGCCACCCGUUCGCUCAUCUAAUCUCUUACUGCGUACCGUGGGUGCAUACACGUGUGCGCACCAAGUUCUAGGGUCCACACUAUACACGUGUGCAGCAGAAAACACGACCGUGAGGACAUGGAUUGAAGGGAAACUCGCAAACCCCAGAGAGUGGACAGGAAAACGCCCGCUGCUCCCGCGAACAGAGACUGCGUUGCGUCUGUGUCCAGAGGUCAGGCGCGGAGGGAGAGAUGUGGGAUUGCUCAGCUUUGGGAACGUGGUGCGGAUGUGUUUCAGGGAAUGUCUUUGCUGAGGGUAAGACUGUGUUCUUCGUGUACCUACUGAGUGGGAACUUCUCGCUGCCUACUCUGCACGGCGCUACGUGGACCGCGGCCGCUGCGCUCCGAGUGGUUCAGUACACCCAGCGCUGCACCAGGGCAAGUGUGCGCAUGUGAGCCUCCCCGGGAGUCAUCAUUUAGGCGGAGAGGCAGACACAGAAACGUGUGACUUUCUGUAAGACAAGGAGGGGAAAACUCCAGGUCCAAGUGUGUGGACUAAACCCUUGCCCUUUCUCUUACACCAUAACACCCCCGCGAUGACCUGCCCGUAACCCCACCAGAGGACAUGGCGGUCACGUCCUUUGCAAAGUCCCAACAAAGGGCGAAAAUAAAGAGUCAUUCCAUAUAUGAUCAUGCAAAUCCUUCCAAAGCACAGCUGGGUCAUUUAAUCUUCGAAUUAUCCUUCUCCCUUUCAACCUGCAAGGCUUCUUCCUAGGUUGGCCUAUCCUAAAUGACAGCCAGUACGGAGAAGGUCUCCGUCCGGCCUCUGAUCUGGACCGCGGGCCUGACCACACUUAGCUCUGGGAGAUACCCUCUUGCCAGCAGCUAUGGGACGUGCCGGUCCGCCAGCACGUGCGUAAGGCUUUGCAGUUCUGAGUCUGCUGCUCCGAGGCAUUUGUGUGAAAGGACUGGGAAGAGGGUCUCCUGGUACAAGUCCCGAGAGCCUUGUGCCCAGCUACGUGUUAGUAUUUAUUCCUGCACUUGUCAGCAGAGGACCUGGCUCUUCCAGACGGAGGAGAGCAAACUGGUGGCGCGCCUGUUUAUAAUGACUUUUGUUACCGUGGGACAGGCAGAUAAAAAGGCUCUUGGGCGCUCACGCCACUCCCGUAAGAGGCUGAUCGCUGCUGAGCAAGUUUUAGACGCGGCCCUAAGAGGACCGAGGGACUCAGUCACACGCAGUCUUUGAUUUCUCUCCAGGGCAGUGGCUCUCAAGCAGGGGCGCUUUGGCUCCCCAGGACAGUUUUCGUUGUCACAACUCUGGGGGAGGGGUGGUUGCUACUGCCACCCAGCAACUGGGGCCAAGCCUGCCACUAAACAUCUAGAAUGACAGGGUGGUCUCCUGCAACAGAGAACUUAUCUGUCAGUAGCGCUCAGGUUGAGCGACUGGGUGCCAGGAGGAACCCACCAGGAGACGCAAAAGUCCCUCCCAGUAGGUCCUACGCUGGUGCCGUUUCUCCAAGCCAGCGGCCUUAGCAUCUUUCAGCAGAGCUGAAGGGACACAUGCUGUGGAUCCUUAAGCCACUGAUUGUUAAUGACAGCAGUACAACCGCACGGGCCUGCUCGUUUUCAACAAACACAUGACGUAGCAUCUCAGUUUUCCAAGGUCCUGGUUACUCCACGUAACUGAAAAAUUUCAAGCCAAUGGGAAUUGGAUAUUUUGAUGGGCAUAUGCAUAUAUAUAUAAUAAAGAAAAUACCGCCCCAAAUUAUGACUGUAUAUAGUCAUAAUUUUAUUAUAUAUAUAUAUAUAGAGAGAGAGAGAGAGUCGUAAUUUUGGAUGGUAUUUCCUUUAUUAUGUUCCUUCUUGCCUUCUUAACCAGGCAAUGCAGAACUAAUUUUCUUACUGACUUGGACACAUCGUUAAGAAUACUGGAUGCCCCCUGCACUGUCAUCCAGUCUGCCCUUGGGGGUGACACACCUGCUAGCUGUCACCAGGCUCCCACGGUUUCAAGUUCUGAAGUCUUUCCUUUUCUUAAAUACUUUUUGUGUGAGUGCUCGGUCAGUUCGCUGUUCUCACUGCUGAAGAGUUCCAUUUUAUGUCUGCUCUUCCCUGUUCAGUCUAGUGUUCUGCUUCUAGAAAACAGCUAAGUAAGCUACUUAGAAAUGGAUGUAAAAUAAAAGGGACUAAUGUGUGAGAAAUGAGGGGCCCCUUGGGGUAAACAUAAAGGUCUUUGUGGAGCUGCACCAUGUCGGGCGCCUUUUCAGAGCUAUUUAAUGUUUUUUUUUCUUCUAUUGUUUUGGUUGUUUAAAUUCUGGGCCAUGCUAACUUUGUUUAGUGCGAUGUCCUUUCAUUGAAAAACAUAAAUAUCCCUGAGAGGUGAGUCACGCUCACAUUCAUCAAAGUCUAUUAUUUAAUGAGCGAAGGUAAGUUUUGCUGUUUGCAAAAGGUUUAUGGUGGCUUUUCAGGGAUUCACGUGCUGCGCUCAGGUGCUCACCUGGCGGGAAGGCCCUGCCUUUACUGGUGCCGUCUACAUUCGCUGGGAGAAGACGUGGUCUUACUGUUUUGUGUUUGAGUGGCUGGGAUAGGCCUGGGAGCUUAUGAGGGAAGGAGAUGGAGGAAUUCUGCCCGCCUUCAGGUUAUGUAAAUCCUUUCCUUUCCGAGUAUGGGGGGGUCCCUUCCCUUCCCUUCUCUGGGUGGGGGUCGGCAGCGGCCACGGGGUCCAGUUGACAGUGGAUCCUCCUUCGACCAGUUUUGCCCUCUCCUCCCAACACUGGGUCAAAAAAAGUGCUCUUUGAGAUUGAGCGACGGGCAGAGUUUAGAACGUCAGAAACCUUGCUGAGGCCCUCCUGCUCCGCACGGCCUGGAGCCCGUCCUCCUCCCCACAGCUGAGCUUCUCCAUGAAGUGGGUUUGUGAGAACAGCGCCCCGCCCAGGGCCUUCCAACCCCCAGGCGACUCUCCGCUUAUUCUCAACCACAAGCCCGGAGACCCCUGCUGACGUGGUCUUUGCCCUGGGAACGCUCACCUUUCCACUGCUGAGAACGUGGUGGUUGCGCCUCGCAUGUAAUAGUCGUAAUUGUAAGAAAUCAUGUCCAUUUCCUCCCCGUAGUGGCCUGGGUAUUCCGUGGUCAGCCUAUGCGGGAAGAAUGAAAAAGUUCAGAG